AUGUCGGUUUGGUCAGCCAGUACAGUGGGCAAUAAUUACCACUUCGGGCAUCCCCCCAGUCGAUAUCAUUCUAACAAUUGGUGUCCAAAUCCAACCAAGCAUAAGUGCGCUAUGGCCAACGAAACUGCAAUUCAGUCUGAUGAUGCGCUGCACACGCCAGCAUAUUUAUCAUGGAGGAAACUACAACUUAGCCGAGCCAAACUUAAAGCUUCCAGUAAAACAUCAGCGUUACUAUCUGGGUUUGCUAUGGUAGCCAUGGUCGAGGUCCAACUAAACACACCCACAAAAGUUCCUGCUGGUAUGUUGGUGGCAUUCACAGUAUGCACCACUCUCUUGGUAGCCGUUCACAUGUUAGCACUAAUGAUCAGUACAUGCAUUCUACCAAAUAUAGAAGCUAUAGGCAACCUCCACAGCAUAUCAUUAGUCCAUGAAUCACCACACGAAAGAUUACAUUGGUACAUAGAGAUUGCUUGGGCGUUCUCCACUCUCUUGGGUCUCAUAUUGUUCUUGGUAGAAAUUGCUAUACUAUGCUGGGUGAAAUUCUAUGACUUGAGCCCACCAGCGGCUUGGUCUGCCUGUGUUCUCUUAAUACCAGUCAUGAUAGUGUUUCUAGCUUUCGCGAUACAUUUUUACAUGUCGUUAGCAACUCACAAGUAUGAGGUGGUGAAUUGUGGUAUAAAGGAGCUGGAAUUUCUUAAGGAGCAAAUAGAGUUAGGUGACCAAGAUUCCAGGAUGAACAACCUUACUUUGAUCGACCAAGCGCGGGUCGUAUGA